AUGAUACUUACAAAGUUAUUGAGCAAACAAUGGUUUGGAAUAUCUGUUCUCUUGAAUCAACUUAAUCCAGAUAAGAUACAGUCGUUUGAUAUGAAAAGUAAAACGGUUAUGAGAAAUUUAAUUAUCCGAGAAUUGGAAGUAAUCAGCCAUAUACAUCAUCCAAAUAUCAUCAAUCUAUUGUCUAUAGUAUACAAUAUUCCUCAAGAAUCACGUGACCGAUCAAUAAAUCCUGAUAAUUUGGCUUUGGUAUAUGAACGUCCCUCCAUGGGUACUAUGUAUGAGUAUAUUCAAGAGAAUAAAAAUACUUUGUCCACAUUAUCAGCUCUUAUUAUUUCAUGUCAAAUAUCUGAAGCUUUAAUAUUUCUACAUUCAUCUGGUAUUGUACAUUGUGGUGUUACACCGCAUGCCAUAUAUUUUUAUGCAGAGGAUCGAGUGAAAUUAGGCAAUUUUGAAUAUAGUCAGUUUAUUGAAAUCUUUGAGAAUCAAAGAAAUGAAGAUAGAUAUCAUUCAAAUGGCUCAUCAAUUCGUAAAUCAAAGUCUUAUUAUCACCAUGAUCAGCAUAAUUAUACAUUUUUCAAAGACAACCAUCAUCAACAUCAGUUACCUUCAAUAUAUAAUCUACUUCUUGGAAUUUAUUAUUUACCAGCUAAUUAUUUAACUGAUUGGUUACCAAUUGAAUUAUAUAAUUCAUCUAAUCAAUUAUUUCAUUAUGAUCAUUUUACUGAUAUUUUACAAUCUGUAUCAUUAGAUGAAAUUAAUCAAAUUAUUAGACCUUGUACAACUAGUGAUGUAUAUUCAUUAGCUAAAUUAAUUCAAUUUAUGCUACCUUCAAUUAAACAAAUCACAGAGAAUACUGAUAUUUAUUCAUUUAAUACACCUAAUAAUUUAUUUGCAUUGAUUUAUUCAGCAUUAAAGAUCAAAUCAGAUGAACGUAUAUCAAUGAGACAAUUCAACAGACUAUUGAUACAUUUAUAUUGGGUUGAACGUGAUCGUGAAAAGACAUUUCAUGUUUCAUUUAACAACAUGCCUCCAUGUUCAUUACGACUUUGUAAUCAUAAAUGGAAACCCCAUCAUUGUGAACCAAUUCAUCAAUUUUACAAUAUAAGUCAUGAAGAAUAUCCAUUUUUAGGCAAAAGUAUUUCUCCUAUUCAUUGUCAGACAAUGGGAGAUAUUACUGACAGCGAAAAAAACAGUAUCAAUUCUAAAACGAAAUUUUUCGGCUGUCUGUCAUCUAAUAACUCAGAUAGCCCUGAAAUUGUCUCUGACUCCAUUCAGUCGAUAAAUCGAAAUGCUUCUCAAUUAUCUACUACAGAUAGAAAAAAACCUAUAUUUCAACCAGUUCUGAAGAGUUGUAAUCAAUUAAAUAAGGGACAAUAUACUAAAAAGAAGAAACAAUCAUGGUAUAAAAUAUUUUCAUAUAAAAAACAAAUCAUUUCAACAAAACAAUCUCAUCACAGAGAACACAUGAUUGGAGCCUCUUUGAAGAAAAGAUUAUUAAAUAUAAAUGAUAAACAUAAGUCAUCAGUUACUUCAUAUUCAAGUGAUUACCGUACAGAUGUUCUACACAAAUGUUCACAAUCAAUCGACAAUUCAAAAGACAAUGAAAAAGUCCCUGCAAGAUUUCAUCCUUCUUUUACAGACUGGCUUAAGCAUCGAAAAUGCAAAUUGUCAAUCGAUAAUAAUCUAUCACCAGAUGUGAAUAUCAAAUUUCACUGUCAAACUGGUUCAACUCCAGUAUCUAAAAUUGACGAACAACUGAAUAAAACAUCUAAUCUUUCAGAAAAUAAUCUAAAUCAUAAAGUUCCUAAUUUAUUUACACGCUAUCGAUUAACAAAAUCUGAUUAUGUUCAUUUAGCUGCUGUACCUUUAUUACCCGAGGGUGUUGAAGUAAAUUCUAACUUGAUUUCACGAAAAGAUUUAUUAUCUUAUCAAACACCACUAUCUUAUUCUUCAUUUAAUAGUCCCAGAAUUCCUUUAACCUCUUUAUCAAAUAACUCAAAUUCAAUGAUUAAUUCUCAAGAGAUUUCUGUAAGUAAUUUAUCAGAAAAAAUUCUCAAUAUCUUCAGUCCUCGUUUAAACAAGUCGUCAAAUUUCAAAUCCGAUGUUAUUACACCAAUGAAACCAGCUUCUCAUCUCACACAAUUAUUAUCUAGUUCUAUUGACAACCCAAAUGUUUCUGGCAGAAUUGAUUUGAUACGUACAUCUAGUUUACUCGCUCGUAGGCAACAAUACAUAACACGAAUGAAAACUCAAAAAGAUUUAAAUUUAUCUUUACCAGUCCAUGAUUUGACAAGUUCCAAGUAUCAACAAAAUCAAUUCUCCAAGAUAUCGUAUAAUCAAUCUAUUUUGAAAAAUCAACGAGUGAAUAGCUUGCCUAUUGUAAAUAACUAUCCAAUACAUUCUGACAAUCAUAAUAGAACAAUACAACUAUCAUUUCGAUCUGAAAAAAAUACAAAGUCAUUAGAUCAUUCUAACUUUCCAAUGAAUUCUUAUAAAAAUGGAGAACCGUUAAGAGGUUCAAAUAAAAAUUGUGUUGAUAAUUCGUCUUUUAUUUUAGUUCAAAAUAAUGAAAAACAUCAAUCAGUUCAUAAAUCUAAUUCUUUACUACAAGGAACAAUCGUUUCAGGAUAUUCUCAAUCAAAAUGUAUUGAUAAUGUAGAAAUGAGACAAGCCUUACUUUCUCAAAGUUAUGAAAAUCCUCAUUUAAUGGAACAUGAACCAAAACUUGAAAAUAUUUUGCCAAUCUCUAAACAAUCCAUUGGUAUACAAUGUUCUGUUGAAGAAUUGCACUGUGAUGCAAGUGUACAAACUGAGAUACAUAAUCUACAAAAUUUAGAUUUCAGAAUUUCAGAGUCCGAUAGAAUUAUGGAGAAUCAACAAUCAUUGUCUAAUUAUAACACUGUUUUAUUAAAUCCUGAAAUGGAGCAAACACUGCCAGAUGAUUUUUUCAGUUUGCCACGUCCAUUUUCUUCUGUCAGUUUACAUAUUGAAAAUUCAUUUAAAACUUUAUCACCUACUACAUUAACUAAACAAAUAUCUACUUCAAUGAUAGAAAUGAAUGAUUUUAAUCAAUUUAAAAAAUCAAUAAAUCAAAAACUUUAUAAAUCAAUAAGUGAUCCAUUUAUUCCUAAUAAUUUUAUUAAUCAUCAUUUGAUAAAUAAUAGUAGUAUAUCUUCUUAUAAAAUAUAUCAUUUAAAACAAUUACCGAAAUUAUCAUUGAUUAUUGAUAAUUCUAAUAGAAAUUCAUUAUAUAAAAUGAAAUCAGAUGAUGAAUAUUAUAAUUUUAUUAAUAUACCAUUAAUAAGUACUAUACCAAGUGAUAAUUUAUCAUACAAUUCAUCGAAUCAAUAUUAUAAUAAAUCAAUAAUCAAUAAUAAUAAUAAUAAUAGUAAUAAUAAUAAUAAAUACUCGAAUCAUUUAUCAUUAAUCAAUAAAGUUUCAUUACAUAAUUCAAAAAGAAAACCUUUCACUGAAAUUCAAUUCAUUAAUCAUUAA